AUGGAGUCCACAAUCCAAUGGGACAUCCUCAGCUUGGUGACAGACAAAGCUGAGCUUGAGUACAGUCGCAGUGCACGUGAUGUUCGACUGGUCAAUGGUAGUAAUCCCUGCUCUGGUAGAGUUGAGGUCUUUCACAAUGGUAGUUGGGGAACUGUGUGCGAUGACUCUUGGGAUAUUUAUGAUGCUGAUGUGGUGUGCAGACAGGUGGGAUGUGAAAAAGCUCUUGGUGCAAACAGUGAGGCUUCUUUUGGCCAGGGGAGUGACUCUAUCUGGCUGGAUGAUGUUGCAUGUUCUGGAAAUGAGAGCAGCCUUUUACAGUGCAAACACAAUGGACUAGGAUCACAUAACUGUAAACACGAUGAAGAUGCUGGUGUUAUAUGCUCAGGAGGUGAUGUUCGACUGGUCAAUGGUAGUAAUUCCUGCUCUGGUAGAGUUGAGGUCUUUCACAAUGGUAGUUGGGGAACUGUGUGCGAUGAUUCUUGGCACAUUAAUGAUGCUGAUGUGGUGUGCAGACAGGUGGGAUGUGGCCAAGCCCUUAUUGCAAACAGUGAUGCUUCUUUUGGCCAGGGGAGUGAUUCUAUCUGGCUUGAUGAAGUUGAAUGUUCUGGAAGUGAGAGCAGCUUAAAAGAGUGCAAACACAAUGGACUAGGUUCACAUAACUGUAAACAUUAUGAAGAUGCUGGUGUUAUAUGCUCAGAUAAGAGAACAAUAUUCCAUCCUGUAAAGGUUUGUUUACAAACUAUUUAAAGCCAGGACUUUGAGUACUAAAACGGAAGGAAAAUUUAAAGUUGUGAUUUUCUAGGAACUAUA